AUGCUAAUAAAAAUUAAAUUUUUUGAUCGAGAUCGUGAACCGAUUGAUGUUGGACCACCAUUAAAACCUGGAAGCAUUGGAAGGCCGCUUUGUUCUAUUGUGGGACUCCUUAGCAGUGCGCAUCCACGAUCCCGCCGGCGGGAUUCAAACCCAGAGCGUUCGGUUUCAUGCGCGAAC